GUGACUGCAGACCAGCGUGGUUUUUCGUGAUACAAGCGUGCGCAGUUCCGCAGCCGGGUGACUUCUGAAUCGAUUUCCAUAUAUGUAUCAGUAAAUGAAGACGUCACCAGCCACCCGCCGGCCGUGCCCCAACGUUACCUCAGUUCGUCGGUGGAACAACGGCCACAAUCCCAAAACUGAGUACCAGCACUCGCCUAAUCAUUCACAAUCAUGUCAAAGGAAGCCGACAGGUGGAUCCCGUUGGAGAGUAACCCAGAGGUUUUCAACAAUUGGGCGUACGCAGCCGGACUCAACAAGUCUCAAGCACACUUUGAGGAUGUGUAUGGCCUCGACGACGUGCUUCUCGCGAUGGUAACUCCUGGCGCAAAAGCCGUUUGCCUCUGUUUCCCUUGUACGAGAACCAUCGACAACAAGAUUAAGGAGGAGGCUGGCGAGAUCGGGAGAAUCGUCGAUCCAACCGUGUUUUGGAUGAAGCAGACGAUACCGAACGCUUGCGGGACCAUGGCGCUGAUUCAUGCUCUUUCCAAUUCGGAUGUGACCUUAAUCCCUGAGUCGCCCCUUGCCAAGUUUAUAGAUGAGUGUAAAGAUAAAACACCGCUGGAACGUUCCGCCCUCCUCGCUACGACGCCACUUUUUGCGUCAAUUCAUUCGUCCGCAGCGACGGCUGGGCAAACUGAUGCAUCUACGGCCGAUAUGGAGACGAACUUGCACUUCACUGCGUUUGUGCGCGCCCCGGUCCCAAGUGCUCGUGCACAUGAGCGGAAGGUGGCAGGUGACGCUGAGUUUGUAGUUGAACCCGGGGAAACAGCAGAGAACGUGGAAUGGAGGCUUAUAGAGUUGGAUGGGAGAAGGGAAGGUCCAAUCGAUAGGGGGAAGUGUGAUGAUUUGCUGAAGGAUGCCGCGAGGUUUGUAGAUGCGUUUUACGUCGCGCACACAAAUAGUGUGCAGCUCAGUAUGGUGGCACUGUGCCCAGGCCCUGAUCCUAAUAGCCUUUAAUGGCCGUCUUGGAUAGGGAUCACCUGUACGGAAAUAAUGAUGUGCCGAGCGUAGCACGAUAAACGCAUACAACUUUGGUGUACUACAGGCAAAUCGAUUA